AUGGAAUCAGAUUUUUCUAAUGAAAAUAAAGUUAUUAUUCUACUUGUUUCUCUCCCUGAUUCAUAUGAUCAUCUUGUUACGACCUUAUUGCAUGGAAGUACAACACCCAUUCUUGAAGAUGUUAUUGACUCAUUGAUUGAGUAUUAUCAUCGGAAGAAAGAUGUUAGUGAGGUUCAUGGUGAAGAUUUAUAUGUGAAGGGUGGAAGAAAACAUGAAAGGUAGAAGGAGAAAAGAUCUUUAGGAGAUAAGAAGAGUCAGUCCAAGUCACAGACAAAUUAGUUGAAAAACCAAACUUGUCACAAAUGUCAUGAGAAGGGACACUUACGAAGAGAUUGUCCAAAGAACUAG